CCAAGCUUAUCCCCUGGUCUAUUUGCACGCAGAAGCUACGAUUCUCCCUGUUGCCUCAUCCUAAAAAAUGCUUAAAUACUUUUAUCAAGGAUGAGUUUUAUCGGUAUAACACCACAAUAAGUUUAUUAUUAUUGCUUAGAUUAAUUAGUGUUUAAUAGUAAUUACUAUUUAUUAUUAUUUAUUGUUUGAAAAUGGUACUUUAACAAAUUUAUACAUUGAGACUUAUUAGACACAUUGUUACGUUAUAUUAAUAUCAGUGAUGACACAGCAAAAUAAAACGAUGAAUUUUUAUAUACAAGACGCCCAUGGACACCCGCAAUUUAUUAAGGUUGUACAGAGUACACCUAAUAAAGGUGCAUUGAGUGGCAUAGUGGGAGCCACUAAUACGAGUGGGAUAAAAGUAUUCAAGGCACCUGGCCAGGACUCACAGGUUUUACAAACUGGAACACAAGUCUUGAGGACCAUAAGUUUGCAGAGUCAAUCAACGCCUGGCCAAAGACUUGUGACAAUUCCACUGCAAAAUGCUAAAGUGUCGACGGUCAAAAGUGGAGAUACUCAAGGUGCUAAAACUAUACAGUUAACGUCUGCUCAAAUGAGCAACAUUAAACAGGCUAUUGUGACACAGCAUCAAACUGGUACUCAGCAAAUUAUCAAAGAUGCAUCUGGAAAAACAUUUGUCACUCCGUUACUUGAUCAUUCGACCAAUCGGAAGCGCUAUGAUGCCGAUGGCCAUGAUUAUGUGCCACACAAACGAAGAAAAUCUGAAAAAGUUGGCAAGGGCUUACGACACUUUUCAAUGAAAGUAUGUGAGAAAGUUAAGAAAAAAGGCACAACAUCCUACAAUGAAGUCGCCGAUGAACUCGUCGGGGAAUUUACAAACCCAGCACACAUGAAUUCAAUAACCGAUCAGCAGUACGAUCAAAAAAAUAUAAGACGACGUGUCUACGACGCACUUAAUGUUUUAAUGGCCAUGAACAUAAUUUCAAAAGAAAAGAAAGAGAUCAGAUGGCUGGGAUUACCAACGAAUUCACUGCAAGAGUGCGUGUCACUGGAAAAGGACAAAAAGAAAAAAAUUGAACGAAUCAAAACGAAAACUCAGCAGCUACAUCAGCUUAUACUUCAACAUAUUUCAUUUAAAAAUUUGGUCGAACGAAACAGUUGCAAUGAAAAACUCCAUGGCCCACCGAAACCAAACUCAGCAAUACAAUUGCCGUUUAUUAUAUUGAAUACUAGCAAAAAGACUGUUGUUGACUGCAGCAUUACAAACGACAAAUCCGAGUACCUGUUCAAUUUUAACAAUAAAUUUGAGAUUCAUGACGACAUUGAAGUUUUAAAACGCAUGGGCUUGGCUUUUGGUUUAGAAAGCGGAAAGUGCGUAGAAGAAAAUUUACGGCGGGCUAAAUCGAUGGUACCUAAAUCGCUGGAAAAAUAUGUUGAACAGAUGGCCUCAGGCGAUUUAGACAAGUUUAUCCCCGUGACUAUUCCCGGACCAAGUGCGCCAACAGAAGAUGUGGAAAUAAAAAUGGAGGGUUCCGGUUCGCGGCCACCGUCCUCAUCGCACACUUCGUUAUCCGAAGAAGCGUUGUCUCCUCCAUCUCACUACUUCUCGGAGGACGAAGAAGAAGAAGAAGAAAUGAGCGAGCAAGAUGAUCCAGUCGACAGUGAUGUUGACGUUAACUAGCACUUGGGUUGAACUUGGAAUCAAUUUUUUAAUAUUAAUUAUUGAUAAAAAAAUGAAUGGAAAAGAAAACUAAAAAAUCAGAUUAUGUCUUUGCUUUGCAAAAUCAAUGGUACCUAUUAAGACACACAAUUACGACGACGCAUUAGAUCUUAACACCCAGAUUUAAAUUUUAAAUAACAUGUUCUUUAUGCUAUUAUACUUGGAUAUUAAAUAUACAGAUCAAUUA